UUUCUUUAUUUGUUAGAUUAGAGUUGAUAAAAACACGUAAUACUACAAGUAUUACCAGUACAGUUUUUAAAGCAUUUAGUAAAAGAUAUACCGAUUUAAAGGUUACAGUAAUAUGAACAUUUUGAUUUGUAUUAUUAGAAAAUAAAGGACUAUCAGUAUAUAAAUGCAAAAAAAUGCUGAGACUGUGCAGUAUUCAAUCAUACAGAAGCUUCUCCUGUUCAACUAAUCUUCAGCAAGAAUCAUUCAAGUUUGUUGUGAUAGGUGGUGGUACUGGUGGUCUAAGCGUAGCUUCAUAUCUAUCACGUAAAUUUCCUAAACAAGUAGCUAUUGUAGAACCUUCAGAGGUUCAUUACUACCAACCUAUGUGGACAUUAGUUGGUGCUGGCAUUAAAGAUGUUAAAGAUACUUAUAAACCAAUGGCUAAUUUUAUCCCAAAAAAUGCAAAAUGGAUUAAAGAAAAAGUUUUACAAAUUUUGCCCGAAGAAAAUCUUGUUGUAACAGGCUCUGAUAAACAGCUGAAAUAUGAGAUUUUAGUUGUUGCUGUUGGGUUGCAGCUUGAUUUCCAUAAGAUUCAAGGUCUUCCAGAAUCACUUGGGACUGAUGGUGUAGGAUGUAAUUACUCAAUUAACACAGUUCAAGAUACAUACAAAGCACUGCAGAAUUUUAAAGGUGGUAAUGCUUUUUUUACUGUUCCUGCAACUCCUGUAAAGUGUCUUGGAGCACCUCAAAAAAUCAUGUAUUUGGCUGAUGAGCUGAUGAGAAAGAAUGGGGUAAGAGAUAAAGCUUGUAUUGUUUUUAAAACGCCUGGUCCAGUUCUUUUUGCAGUUGAAAAGUAUCGCAAUGCUCUGCUUAAAAUCUGUGCUGAGCGGGAUUUAAAAAUUGAAACUUUUCGGAACUUGGUUCAAAUUGAUCCCCUUGUAAAAAAAGCAACAUUUGAAUUUGUUGAUGAUACUAACUCACCUAAAAAGAGAGAAGUUUUAGAUUAUAGUUUUAUCCAUGUCACACCUCCAAUGGGUCCUGUAGAUUUCAUUAAAUCCAGUUCCAUAGUUGAUUCAACUGGAUUUGUAAAUGUUAACAAAAAUACUUUACAGCAUGUAAAGUACAAUAACAUUUUUGCAUUAGGUGAUUGUUCAAACCUCCCUACCAGUAAAACGGCUGCUGCUGUGGCUGCGCAAAGUGAAGUUGUACGUAAGAAUAUAAGAAGUUUGGUCAAGGGAGAACCGCUUAAAUCUGUGUAUACUGGCUAUACGUCAUGCCCACUUGUUACUUCUUCAAAAACUUGUAUACUUGCAGAGUUUGAUUACAGUGGUUUGCCUCGUGAAACAUUUCCAUUUGAUCAAUCAAAGGAAAGAUAUUCGAUGUAUAUAAUGAAAGCAAAUGCAAUGCCAUUUUUAUAUUGGAACUCGUUAAUUAAAGGCACUUGGGGUGGACCUGAAAAAAUAAGGAAACUUCUUCAUUUUGGCUUUGUAUAAUUUUGAAAAAUGUUUUGCUACAUUUGUUACAUACAUAUAUUUCAACCAUUUUUGUUACGACUUCGUUACAUAUAUAUUGCAACCAUUUUUGUUACGACAUUGUUACAUUUUCAGGCAUUUUUUUACUUUUCUAAUGAUAUAUUUAUGACACAUUUGUACCUUUUUGAAAUUUAUUUAUAUGUAUAAUUUUUAUAUUUGUUUUAAUGUUUAUAGUAAUUUUUAUUCUUUUUCACUUUUUUUUCACUUUUCAAUUUUUUGUAUUAUGUAAAGUUUAUUUAAACUUUUUUUUUUAAUUUUACUUUUUUAGUAUUUCUGUUGCAUUAUAUUAUAUAUGAACAUUUAAAAUGCUUUUUAUAUAUAUAUAUUGUAGUUAGUUUAAUAUUCUAGAAAUUUAUUAUAAUUUAUAUGCAACGAGUGUUAAAGAUUUUUUGUAAAAAAGGUUGUCCAUGUAGUAUAGUCAAUUACCCAACACACCUUUUAUUACACCUUUUAUUA